UGGAAUGGCCAAGGCAAAGAAAGAAGUGGCCAAGGCAAAACAAAAGAAAGUAGCGUGCUUCGAGUGCAACAAAAAGUUCAAAAAUGAAGCAGCCAUGGCAAACCACGCUUCUGCCAAAAAACAUCGGCGGAACCCAUUGGUUCCAAAGGCUGCCCCUCCAGUCCCCCGCCGAGUCGCCGGAUCAACGGCUAAGGCUUCCACGGCACGUUCACAAAGACUAGCAGAAAUAUGCGCUUCAUCGUCGACAUGGAUCCCCGUGGCUGCUGCGCUCUCAACUCAGCCACAGGGCGUACCCACAACACAUCCUGAGUCGUCGGGUGGUCCGCCAGUUGCCCAAGAGUUUCGCUUCAAGUACGAAUAUCCAGAUCGGGGGAUCACGUCGCAGAAAUCCGGCUCGGCUGCGCAUUCGAGCCAAAUCCCCGACCGCCUGAGGUGCCGCGGAUGCGAUGCGACGUUCGAGGAAGAAUACAGAUUACGCUGGCACAUGUUAUGCGUGAAUGCAUGCUCUGAGUGCAGGGUGCAUCAUCCAUCCUUCGUAGCGCUACAAGAACACCACCGGAUUGGUUGCCACCCAUCCUCGGACGGCAUCACUAGGGCGAGUCUCCCAGUGAAGAUAUCGAAUGAGCGUGAUGAGGGUGCACCGAGCGGCGCGAAAGCUUUUGUCUCUAAUCUGUCCGUCGACGUCCAGAU